GCCUAGAUUUUUAAAACUUUUAUUUAUUUAUUUUUUAAUGUAAGAAAAAUGCCAAAUUGAGAAAUCAAAUAAUAGAUGAUAAGUGUCUUGAAACCUUUCUCUUGAAGGAGUUCAAGUCAUAGGAAGGAGAAAAUACAGAAACAGGCUGGGAGUUUCAGAAUUUAACAGAGAAAGAGAUGAAUGAUUGAGAAUACUGGUUAACUUUUAUAUUAGAGAAGUGGACAGAAUAGGUGUGGGAGAAAGAAGAAAGUCUUGUGCAGUGAGGCUGUGGGAGGGUAGGGGGAACCAUGCAGUUAGUAAGGCCAGAAGAGCAGUUAGUGUGAAAAUAGCAGUAGAAGAUGGCAAGAGAUGCAACAUUGUGGCGAUGAGAGAGAGAGAGAGAGAGAGAGAGAGAGAGAGAGAGAGAGAGAGAGAGAGAGAGAGAGGCUGGACACAGUCAGUUAGAGGAGAGGAGUUGAUAAGACGAAAUGGUUUUGAUUCCACCCUAUCUAAAGGAGCGUUAUGAGUGGAACCUCUGUACACUUCACAGAAGUUGUUUAAGCUAGAUAUGAGAUUUGAAGUUUCCAUUUUAGAUUAUAAGUAAAGAAUAGACCAAGGAUGUUUGAGUUUCAUUGAAGAAGAGGGGAUAGUUGUCUGGAGGGUUGUGUCAAGUUGAUAGAUGGAGAUAGUUUUGAGACAUUGAACAGUACCAAUCACAAAUUUUAUAGAGAUCAGAAGCCAGGCAUUCUGUAGCUUCCCUGCAUGAGCUGUUUAAUUCCUGAAGGGUUGAAUGUCUGUGAAAAGAUGUGGAAUAAUGAAGGAUGGUAUCAUCAUCAUAGGAGUGGAUAGGACAAGAAGUUAAGUUUAGAAGAUCAUUGAUGAAUAAUGGGAAUAGAGUGGGUAAUAGGACAGAAUCCUGAGGAACACCACUGUUAAUAGACUUAGGAGAACUGUGAGUGUCUACCACAAGCAAUAGAAUGGUCACAAGGGAAACUUGAGAUGAGAAGGAUAAAGAGAGAAGGAUAGGAACUGUAAGAGGGUAGUCUGGAAAUCAAAGCCUUGUGCAGCAGCAAAAAUGUCAUUGAAAUUCCUAAAAGAAGAUGACCAAGACUCAAUAAGGAAAGCCAGAAAAUCACCAUGACAGAACCCAUACUGGUGAUCAGAUACCUAUAAGGUUUUGAAGUGAUAGAUGUUUAAGAAUCUUCCUGUUAAGGAAGGAUUUGAAACUUUUGAGAGGCAGGAAAUUAAAACAAUAGGAUUGUAUUUUGAGGGAUUAGAGUGGUGACCCUUUUUAGGAACAGGCUGAAUGUAGGCAAACUUCCAGCAGGAAGGAAAGAUAGAUAUUGGUAGACAGUUGGAAGAGUUUGACUAGGCAAGGUGCAAGUACGGAUGCACAGAUUUAGAGAACAAUAAUAAUAAUAAUAAUAAUAAUAAUAAUAAACGGUUUAUCCUUUUGGCAGUCAACAAACUGAAAAUGUACAUUGGGGGUGGGGAAAUACUUGACAUUAAUCCUAAAGGUAAGUCAAAUCUAGAAGUCAAAUCUAGAAGGGACUAUUGAUUGAUGGCUCGCACCAUGGUGGGAAUCACACUGAGUCUGUACCGGUCCGUACGCGGCGCCUUUAGGGGCGUUAUCUUGUUGUGGUGUCUGGUGGCACGGGCGGGGUGAGGCGCGUCAGGCGGCAGCAUGUUUCUGAGACGUGGAUGAUUCAGAAGUCCCCUACCAAACUUCUCCAGAGCCUCACGGUACAUGGUGGAUAGUCUGGACAGCCUCAGGGUGUUCAGGGCUUCUUUAUAGGUGGUGUAUGCAGGGCCAAGGAUGACCCUCCAAUAGGAGGGACCAGCAAGGGCAUGGAGAACAUCACUGUGAAGGAUCUUAAUGGGCAGCAUGAAGUAAUUGGAGGAUGGAGGAGAGGGAGGAACAAGCCCUGAAUUGUACAAGGUUUAUGAAGGUGGAAACAACCUUGGGCGACGGGCCAGCCUUUGUGAAACUGUGCUUGGCCUGGUACCAGGGAGGUUUAGUGAACCUCCUGACUCAAGAGUGAUGGUGGCAGGACUGGUGCCUGGGUCACAGGCCCUCAGAAAUGGUGCAAUCAAAAUUGGUGACUGGCUGAAGGAGGUGGAUGGAGCAGAGAUCACAUGGGACAACUUGGAUGAGGUGUUGGCUGAGCUGCAGAUUCCAUCUCUGAUCACCAUGUCAGUUCAGAAGUGUGCCUCAGAAACUCUCCCUGAUGAAACAGGGAGUGAUCACAAGAGGGUGACUCAAACCCAGUUGGUGAAAGUUGUGACAGGAAUGGGGGGAAGCAGCUCCCCUUCCACACACCUUCAGGAGCUCCCACACACUCUCUUGUAUCUCAGCCUUGUUGGAGUUUCUGAGGACUCCCCAGAUGGUGCUGAUAUUAGAUACCAGUUUCCCAACUGGAGCAACAAGCUGGUGAAGGUACGAGGAAUGUUUAUUACUGCAGCCCACACUGUGCAGGAAGUUGCUGGUACACCUGCCCUUUGUUCAACAGUGUGUGUGGAUGGAGAGUACUACCAUGUGGCCUAUACCAGAGAACACAAUGAUGUCCUUCUUCUGGCUUUACCACAUGCCUAUGUGUCUAGCCAUGAUAUAGUGGGUCUCAUGGAGCAGAUUUCUACCUUAAUCAAGUUUGAAUUUGGAACUUUAGUCAAGGGUGCUGGUUCCUCUAGACACAAAGGAUAUCUUGACCAUUUGAUGAGUCAUAUCCUAGGAACAGUGUUAGGCCAAGGCUCGCAAGAUGGCAUGACUUCAUCCAAGGAAGAGCUACGACUCAAUCCUUAUCUUCCCAUGGUCCCAGUGACUCCCCAAAGCUAUGUAAUGGCAUAUCCAUGCUGGUUGAUCCUACAUGACCAUGAAGAAACAAAGCUUCAGAUUGACAACUGCCUCAGUGAACUUGAAUCUGGAGAUUUUGGAGAUGAGGACACAGAUUGUGAAGAUUCUCUCUCCCUCUACAACAUUAUAGGAUCCUGUCUUUUCUACAAGGGUCUUUUGGUGGCAUCACACUUGUCUCCUGAGGAGAUGCGCCUCGUGUGGCUCUUUACUUCCCACCAUGGACUGCUCUCCCUCACAGCUCAGGAAUCUGUGAGUCAGCUGGUGGGAUGGAGGCGUGUAUAUCUUCCAGUAGAAUCCAGCCAGGAUGCCUCCUCCCCAGGUGUUCACUACCUGCUGCUGUCUGCCAUGAAUCAUUGCUUGCUAGGUGUGCUUCUGGAGACUGGGAACAUUACAGAUAUGCUUGACGAAGAUGCUGGGCCAGACCCUUUCUUAGUUGACCAGAUAGAGGCCUCACUGUACCAUCUUCAUGCACUUCACAUCAAUACUACUUGUGAGGAGAGCCUGACCAAUGGUGGGAUUGAGACUAUCUCUGCUGACGACAGAUUUGGAAAGGGGACUCCUAGCAAGAAGCCUAAGGAUAGGACAGAUGUUGUUGAAGGUGGACUACGACUGCCAGAUGUACCUUCUAUUCUCAAGCAAAAGUCCUCGGCACCACUUGAGCCUGUGCUGUACAUGGGAGAGCAUGGUGGGAAUGAGUGGGAGGAAGAAGCCAGUGAGGACUCCAUUGCUCAUAGUUCUCAGGAUUCCUCCCUUGCUGCAGAAGAGGAUGGGAGAGAAGAUGAACCAGAUGAUGAUUCAGAAUCUGACUGGAGAAUAUUUAAGCCCACAGAGAAUAGAGGGCUCCAUCAGUAUGACUUUGAGAUGAAGGCACGGCCCUCUAAAGCUCCAACCUCUCCCAUAAGAGUAACAUGUGGGAAAGAAAGUGUUUUGUUUCAUCUGGUGCAACUAGAGGUUGGAGAGGGAGUGUUGAUCCAAGCUCACAACUCCACUCCCAACACUUCUCCCUCCUCACCACCCAGCCACACCACUGCACCUCUACAUGCACAAAUCCUUCACAACUUUCAAACAACUUGUGGACAUAUUCAUCAUGUACUGCAAGCAGCUGUUCGUUGCAAGGAUGCAUGUGGAGGGUACCAGGGAAGCUCAGCACUCAACACCAUCAAGGAGCAUGGGGUUCUGUUUACAUACUCCCCACCCACAACUGAUGGUGGUAAAAGACGAGCACAGACCUUCUCUUACUGGGUAGUUGGGCGUCUACUGGCAGCCCCUUAUCAGCGAGAGGUUUAUGUCUGCUAUCAUGAAUCAGUGCCACAAAACCUCCUAGAAAUGGCCUUCAGGGUAUCACUUGGCUGUGUGGUGUAAAAUCCAAAGCAAAGCCACAUAUCUAAAGUGUGAAGUGAGCUGUGCUGACUGAAUCUCCAAAUCUAAACUAUGUUUUAUCAUAAAGGUGAAUGCUUACUUUGGAAAUGUGGAAAUAUAUAUUUUCAAGAUCUAACUACAUAGAUUUAAAAAAAAUAUUUUUCAAACAGUUAAUACUAAUCUAUCAAAUUUUUGUUGUGAUUUUACCUCAUGUUCAUCCUCUAUAUUCCCACUGCCAUAAUCCUUGAACAAACUGUCAUUUUUACAUUGGUUUUGUUUCCUUGAACAACAUAAUAUUCAUAUUUUAUUUAUUUUCAGAUGCCUCAUAUCCUUUAGACUCUUGUUGCAUGACUUGCAAUAUCUUUUUUAUACAUCAGAUCUGCAGGAUUUAUACUUAAGUCCUUUUAGCACUGUAUUUGUUAAUACUCACCCAUUAUCAGGCUUCUUUAAUAUUUGCAAACUUUUUAAUAGAAAAUGUGGCUGCACUCCAUUAACUUAAUUACUAUAUUUGCUCAGAUUUUGGCAUGGGUUAUAUGUCUGGCAAGAGUAUACCUAACACUUUUGACAGUGUUUUUUGGCAAUUAAUUUGGGCAUACAUGCAUGGAAAUAUAUGUGGGUGCAGUAGAAUCCCUGUGAUGCAGUCAUACAUUUUGCUUUACAUGACGGUUUGUCCUUCUUCAAAUGGUGACAGCUUCACCAUGUGUUCUCUCAUCAGUGUCUCUUAUUCUAACUUAUUCAAGAGUUGAGCAUAUGUGUCUGUGUCUUAGUGUAUGUGUCUGUCUUAGUCUACCUCAUUGAUCAUUUGAUAAGAGAUGAACAUUUGCCCAUUUGUGUCGAGAUAAUGCUCAGGUUCUUGUAACAUAUUUACACUCAUGACCAUGUGAAAGGUCUGUAGAUCUGCAUUCAUCAGGCUUUUGUUGAGUUUAGAGGGAGUAGAGUAAUCUACAUUUUUGGAACCAUUGUUAAUAGGUUCUUUCUAUGACGUCUUCAGUGGUGGUAGUUGCAUUGAACUCCUUGAUGAUGUUGACAUACCUAAAAGCAUUUAUGUGUAUGCUCACAACAGCACAUUUCAGGAGAGAUUAUAGCAGUUAUGCAAGUCUUGGUCUGGUUCCAAAUGUGGGAGUCUUGCAGCACCUGAAUCAGUUUGGAAGCUUAAAAGAAAAGAUGUAUGCUUACAUGACAGGCUGUUUCAUUAGGUCCAGCACCUGCAUCACAGUUUUUCUGCCCUCUAGUAUCAUUACUCUGUUGUUUUGAGCAGAUAAAAAAACCUGGUUGUUACUUUAGGAUUAAGAUUCUUAUAGUACCAUGCUUUUAAUUUUUUACUAUAUUUAUUAAUAUUUACUAAUGUUUUUUGUGCCUUAGCUUUUUGCCUCUUUUUGUGUUGUGGUAUGGAUCCUUUCUGUUAUAGAUUUCUUAAACAUAGUCUUGAUUACUGCACUGAAAGUUACCUCCAUAGUGUGAGCCUUGUCAGUGCCAUUCUGACCAUUAGUAAAAUGGUGUGCCAUACCACCUUCAAAGGUGAACUGAACUAAAGAUUCUGGAAUAUAUUUAUGAAAAAAAAAAGUUGCAGAUUUUCUCAAAGGCAGCAUUAAACCAGAAAGUCUGGUUCUCUGUGUACUUGAUGAGAUCAUCCUUGGUGUGUGGGUCAUGAAUAUUGCUCCUUAUCAGGAUGACCUUUUCCUAUUCACUGCCAUGUUUCCAGCCUGGCCUAGAGUGUUGCAGUUUUGGGUAUUGGGCUUGAGUUAAGGGUUGAGGUUGAAGACUUAUCAAUGUUUCAUCCUUAGAUCUUACCCUUCUCAGUAGAUUGUCAUGCUGCAGGUAGUGAGGUUGAUGUGGGGAACUGGUGGCAUGGAUGUGGAUGUCUGUGUGUUUCUGAUUAUCCCAGCCAAGACUGUUCCCUUUGCCCUUCUCUUUCUUCAGACAAAUUCCACCAAGUGAGGUUGAUGUAGGGAACUGGUGGCAUGGAUGUGGAUGUCUGUGUGUUUGUGAUUACUCCAGCCAAGCUCUUUCUUUAGACAAAUUCCACCAGUCACAUUUCUCACUCUACAUUCUCUCAGUAAAAAUAUGGAGGCUGCAAUGUGCCUUAAGUAAAAAAUAGAAUAUAUAUAUAUAUAUAUAUACAUAUAUAUAUAUAUAUAUAUAUAUAUAUAUAUAUAUAUAUAUAUAUAUAUAUAUAUAUAUAUAUAUAUCAAAUAGAAUCAACAAAUUAAUAGAUUGCUGUCCUAUGUGUGAAAGCCUCAUCAUUGAAGCUACCACCUGGAGAAAAUGUUUGUAAGUUCUUCAUCUUGUUAAGUAAUAAUGUUUAAUAGAAUGGUAAUGUUGUUAGUGGCCUAAUAUUUUAUAUAUUGUGUUGUUUUGUAACCUUUUGCAGAUGUUUAAUGUUGUUGAUGGCCUUAUGAAUUUCAUAAAUGUUUUUUUCAAUUUUAUAAAGCAAUUAUAAAUAUA